GCCCUGUUCGGUUAAAAAAAAAACGCGCUGGGGAAGGAGGCACCUCGUCGGGAGUAUUGUCUGCUCGUUAAAUAUCCUCCACGCUGUAGCAUAAAACGGCGCUCAUUUGAGCACUUUGUCGCUUUUUUUUUUUUUUUUUUUGUUUGGCUCGACCAUUUACAGGCGCUCGGGAUCUAAUCACUAGCAGCCGUUUAAAAAUCCUGCAAACAGCGAACUGUUAGCUCGAGUUAGCUGCGAUGUCGGGUGUUGUGCGAGGCCCCGCUGGGAACAACGACUGCCGAAUUUACGUGGGAAACCUCCCCCCAGAUAUACGCACAAAAGAUGUGGAAGACGUGUUCUAUAAGUACGGGACGAUUCGAGAUAUCGACCUGAAGAACCGGAGAGGGGGCCCUCCGUUCGCCUUCAUUGAAUUCGAAGAUCCCAGGGACGCUGAUGAUGCCGUCUAUGGACGUGAUGGCUACGACUACGACGGCUACAGACUGCGUGUGGAGUUUCCCCGGAGCGGCAGGGGCUCCAGAGGAGGGUUUGGGAUCGGAGGAGCACCCAGAGGCAGAUACGGACCCCCGUCCAGACGAUCCGAGUACAGGGUCGUUGUGUCAGGGCUCCCUCAGAGCGGCAGCUGGCAGGACCUGAAGGACCACAUGCGUGAGGCGGGUGAUGUGUGCUACGCCGAUGUUUACAGAGAUGGCACUGGGGUUGUAGAGUUUGUGCGCAAAGAGGACAUGACCUAUGCCGUUCGCAAGCUGGACAACACCAAAUUCCGUUCCCAUGAGGGAGAGACUGCUUACAUUCGUGUGAAAUUAGACGGUCCCCGCAGCCCAAGUUACGGAAGAUCACGCUCUCGCAGCCGUGGCAGCCGGAGCAGGAGCCGCAGUCGCAGCGCCAGCCGCAGUCGCAGCAAUUCCCGUGGUCGUGGCAGAGGAUCGCCCCGCUACUCACCCCGCCACAGCCGCUCUCGCUCUCGUUCCUAAACUUUUCUGCCGCCGAUGUUUUGCCCCUUUUGAUGUAUACCCUCCUGUUUUUACCUCCUAUGAGUUUCUCCAGAUGUCAGCUUUUGGUUUUUAAUUUUUUUUUUUUUUCCUUGUCCCGAUGUCCUUGUGGAUGAUCUUGGUAUGUAGAUGUACCCCACACCCCCCUCUCCUUCAACCCUUCCUCUCCGUCUCCUGCAGCUUUGUCCUUUUGCCC